AUGUUGGAUAGUUUCACGGUCACAUCCCCGUGGUCGGAUGGACGAAGUCUCAUUGCAAGUUGGACAUGGAGUUUGGAUUCCGAUCUGAAAUUCUUUGAAAAGACUAUCUUAUACUACUAUAGUCCAUUUGACGAAGGAUAUGAAAGAUCUGAAUUGAUAACACAGCCGAUAACUUCAUUUACUCUACAAAAUCUCCACCCUGAAACUACCUAUUCAAUUUGCCUUCGAGUCCACCAUCGAAAGCAUCCAAACAACUCCCUCUUGAUUCCACAGCAAAUUAUAACCACUACGCCUCCUCUGACCAUAAGAACGCCUAUUAAUUGGUAUAACCGCCAGCCUUCCAAUCCAAUAUCUGCCGGUACUUAUGUCUACGAUUUUCAAUGCCUCUCAGCGACUACUCAAAAUUGGCAUCUUUCUGCCUUUAUUGGUGGUAUUCUUGGAGUUGUAUCCGCCCUCUUUCUUGGUGUUCUCCUUUUGUUUUUACUGAAAAGGAACCACUGCCUACCUGGUGGGUAUGGUGGUUUCGGAAAACAGAUGACACAACGCUCCCUUCUUGGCAAUUCCUCGAGUUUGCGUGGCAGUUCCACUCGGAGGGGAAAGCAGUCUAGCUCAAAGCGCGGCAGUUUUCACAGUAGUCUUUGGCCAAGUCGGUCAUCAAAUAGUCGAAGUGAGUUCAGCGGACAUUUGCGUGAGCUUGAAGACGAUGAUGUUGACGAAGAUGACGAAGUUAUUGCCGAAGAUGAUGAGGAGGAUACCGAAAUUGAUACCGGCUGUAAAUCCUCAGUGAGAUCUCAGGUGGGCAUCUACGGGGGCUCUGGUGGCACUACAGGGAGUUCUAAUCGGCAUAGCUCCAUGAGUAGUUCAAUAGACGCUAGAGAAGAUUCCUCCUCCGUUGCGAUGCCCUAUCUCCCUGUGAACGGAGUUCCGUCUCGAAGUGCAACCCGACGUUCAAGGGAUUUAAAAAGACCCUUAAUGGGAUACGAUAGCGUGAAAAAUAUCUCUGGAGUGGAAGUUAAUGUCGUGGCGCCAACUCCUGAUCUAAUUGGAACUAAAGAAGACCUCAGAAGGACUUCCAUCGCAAAAACAUCCGAUUCAUCCGGUCAGACAUCAUCGACUUCCCCUAUGGCAAACUGCCCUGACCCCUUACUUGAACCCACAAUUAUCUCACUCCGAUCUCCAGAAAUGAAUAUACCACCUCCGCUUUCGAAACAAACUCCACUAAGUGGAUUAGAUAUUGAAGCUCAUGGAGAAUUAUUAAGUCCAGUUCCCAUACAAGAGCCCCAGUCUAUAGAUUUACAAAUUCCAAUUCUGGUUGAUAUGAAUUCUACGAAGGAAAAAUGCAUUUGGAUUGAGUCGCCAAAAUUUGAGCCACCAUCUCAUAUUAUUGCAGAUAUUCCCGAAACCUACUUUGAAGAUGAUGACCGAAAUGUACCUUCCAAUCCUGACUUUGAAUCCACCUUGAGUCUAACUGAUGCUACUUCGGGCACUUCCAGGGAAAGCAUCAUUAGUAGUAGCAACUAUGACUAUGAAUACUAUGGUUCCAUAGAGAAGUUGGAGGGAGGUGAUCAAGAUGAUCCUGAGAAGUCUGGACCCUCGAUUUACACUGAAUUUGUGGAGACCAUAUAG